AUUAAAUUAAAUAGUGAUGCUCCUAUCAUUUUUUGAAUGGCUUGGAGGUUUGAUCGGUCUCCCAGAAGACUAAGCAAGAAUGGUAUUUGGGUUCAUAAUCACAAUACCUUUGGGCUUCCUAUUUAAAACAUUAAAGAGUGCUAAACUAAGAAAAUAUUUUGGUUUGACUAUUGGUUUAUUAUUAUCGUACAUGCUCUACUAAGAGAAACUGAUUAGUGUGAUAAUACAGAAUAUCAUAGUAUAUGAAAUGACCAAGCGAAUUACAUUGAAUAAAAUUGGCAUAAAGGCAAAAUGGGUAUUUUAUGAAACCCUCAUUUAUGUUGCAGUACAUCACAUUUACAGACAAUAUACAGAUUAUGGUGGCUGGAAAUUAGAUAUAACGACUAUAUUAAUGAUGAACACUGUAAAAUGGACUUCAUUUGCAUAUAAUUAUGAGGAUGGAUUAAGAAAAGACGAAGAAUUGAAUUCUGAUUAACAAGAAAGAAAACUACAAAAAAUGCCAUCAUAUACAGAUUAUUUUGGAUACAUGUUCUUCUUUUGUGGAUGCCUGGCUGGACCUUCUUUUGACUAUUAUGACUAUGAUAUUUUUGUUAAGAGGACUAACGUAUAUGAGAAAAUUCCAAGUACAUUCUGGGAAACAUUCCGUUUGUUUAGAAAUGCACUGAUAUACAGUUUUUUCAUUGUUGUAGUAUAUCCAAGAUGGUCUUUGGAAUCUUUGAUGUCUGCAGAAUAUGAUGAAGCUUGUUUGCUCUACAAAAUAUUAUGGUUAAAUCUGACCAUCACUUUACAUAGAACCAAAUAUGUUUCAGGAUGGUUAUUCUCAGAAAGUGGAUUGGCUGCUGCUGGUUUUACCUAUAAUGGAAAUUAGGAUGGAAAAGACAAAUGGUUAAGAAUUAGAUCGAUUGACCCUACAAUUGAUUUGACUACAAAUCCAAAGGAUAAAAUAGAAUUGUGGAAUAUUUCUGUUUAAGUUUGGCUUAAAAAGUAUGUUUAUUUGAGAGUGUAUCCUGAAUCAGUUUUAAAAUCAAGUCCAGCCAAAUCCUAAAAGGCUCAAUUAAUAACAUUUGCUGUCUCAGCAUUUUGGCAUGGAUUUUAUCCUGGCUAUUACAUUUCUUUUUUCCAUUGGAAUUUAAUUGGAAUGAUCAAUAAAUAUAUCCAUAAGCUAGGAUAGAAUACUAAUGUGUUAAAGAUAUGGGAUUCAAAUAUCUUAUUCAAAUGUGUAAGAUUCUACUUUGUUAAUUCUCUAUUCAAUUGUUUUGGGGUUGGAUUUUAAUUGAUGAAUGUAAGAGACAAUUUAAGAUUUUAUGGAUCAGUAUAUUACAUAUUUAAUUUAACAACUUAUAUUUUGUUUGCAUUUUUCACAGUAACUUAAUUUGGCUAAAAACCAAGAAAGAAGUAAUGA